CCCUCUCAUAUAGCUAGUGGCUUUCCACUUCACCUUUCUGCUGUUCGAUGUUCAUAAGGCAACAGAGAACCAGGACAAAGAUGUCAAGGAUCUGGUGUCUGUUGGCUGCAACUUGGCUCUUUUUGGCUUUGGCUGCAGCCCAGCGCAGGGCCAGUAGCAGGAACAACCGUUGGGGAGAAAAUGGGAGCCACAAACACUCCGCCUACAAGACUUGGAAUUCCCGAUUGUACCCCAGGUGGAGAGAGGGAGACCCAAGGCAGAGGAACUGCUGGCGAGGAGGCCACGUGUCAUUUGACAUCAGCAACGAUGCCCCAACCAUAACAGGGGCCAAGGCCACAUUCAGCAUCGCUCUGCGGUUCCCUCACAAUCAGACAGUGCUACCAGAUGGGCGCAUAGUGUGGAACCAGAACUGCACCAUAAAUGGUAGUCAGGUGAUGCAGGGAGACCCUGUUUUCCCUGACCAGAACUUUGAAAUGUCUGAUGGCUUCUUUCCUGAUGGGCAGCCCUUUCCACCAAGUAAUAAGGGCAAAUUUGUCUAUGUCUGGCAGACCUGGGGGCACUACUGGCAGGUAGAAGACGGUCCCUCAUCCCUGCUGACCAUUGAUACUGAUGAUGUACCACUGGGUUCCUACACCAUGGAAGUGGAGGUUUACCACUAUCGGGGACGUGAAAAAUUCAUCCCGAUAGGGGGCACUUCUUCACAGUUCAGCAUCACUGAUCAGAUCCCAUUCAAUGUGGACAUUGCACAGGUGCUGGAUGUAGACGGGACAGAUGGUCGCUUUGUCCGAAACCGGGCCAUUUCCUUUGGCGUACGGCUCCAUGACCCCAGUAAAUACUUGGGCGAUGCUGACAUUUCCUACUCCUGGGAUUUUGGAGAUGAUAGCGGGACGCUGAUUUCCCGGGCGGCCCUGGUGACUCACACUUACCUCAGCGCUGGCACCUUCAGCCCUCGUGUGGUGAUCCAAGCCGCCAUCCCCUUGGCCUCUUGUGGAAGCAGCACUUCAGAAGGGCCGAUCAUCAUUCCCACAACGGAUCCAAGGGGCAGCACAGUUCAGGCUACCACUGCCCUCCUAACCCCCAACAGCAUGAGCGGGGCAAGCUCUGAGGGUAUCCAGACUGCAGUCCCAGCUUCUGGAACUCCAGCACCCCCAGAUGAACAGCAGCCUGAACCAGAAGGUACAGAGGCAGGAUCCUUAGCCACUGCAGGGCCUGCUACAGUAGCCAGUGAUGUGCCUGAAGGGGCAGACUUAGCUGCCGCAUCCUUGGAGCCCCUGAAUGUUGUCUCUGCCACCUCAGCUGAAGCCGUAUCAGCCACCAUAGAGCCCCUGUCUGUAUCAACUGUGAUGCCUGCAUCUCUGCCUGGCCCUGUGGCAUCUGCUACUUCACCCAUAGCAACUCCUGAGGAUGACCCUGACACUACAGAAUCCACAGACUCUCCAGUACUACCUACAAGUGUGCCUCCAUCAGAUACACUCUCUAGUGCAGCCAACACCCCUUCCUCUCCAGCGACGCAAGCAGAUCUUACCGAAGAUCCUGCAACCGCUGUUCCGACUGCAUCCAGGUUGCCUGACACUGAAACAGUUGCAACCAAUGUGGUCCAAGUGUUGGUAAAACGGCAGGCACCAUCUGGCUGUCUCCUCUACCGUUAUGGGACCUUUGCCACUAAUCUGGAUGUUGUCCAGGGAAUUGAGAGUGUGGAGAUCGUGCAAGUGGUGUCGCUGAUGCCAAGCAUCUCUGAGAACACAGUAGAUCUUACGGUGACCUGCCAAGGAAGCCUCCCUGAAGAAGUGUGCACUACCAUCGCAGAUGCUGAGUGUCUGACAGCCCAACAGGUUGUGUGCAGCCCAGCUCAACCCAGCCCCGACUGCCAGUUGGUUUUGCGCCAGGUCUUCAACCAGUCUGGUCUUUACUGCGUCAAUGUCUCACUGGCUGAUGCCAAUAGCCUGGCUGUGGCCAGCACUCAAGUCAACAUCCAGGCAGGAAGAUCUCCAGCGUCAGCCCAAAUGACCCUCAUAGUUGGUGUGGUGCUGGUUGUUGGUCUCUUAGGUGCUGUUGCCUAUACCUACAGGCGUGUCAAAUACACCGCCCUGCAUACUGGGAUUUCUGCUGGCCCUUCAUCCAGAAACUGGUUGCCUAACCGUACCAGCAUGCGCCUUUUCCUACGCCAAGCUUUCAGGAAGGGGGCCAGUGGGGAAAGCAGCCCGCUGCUGAGCGGGAAUGUGAUCUAAAGGUGGAGACACGCGCCAAGGGACCUACCUAAGCCUUGUCAGCUACUGUCCGUGGAGCCUGCACUGAGAAAGGAAACAGUGUCAUCCCCUGAAUUCUUCCACUCUGAGCUGCCCUUCCCAGCGCUG